AUGAGAGAAAAUAUAACGCUAACCCUCAGCACGAGGGUUUGCGUGGGUUGUGCAGCCCCUGGCGUUCCUUCGCCUCAAUUGAUUGGCGAGGAGUUAGGAGGAGAAGAGGCAGCAGCAAAAGGAGAAAAAGAUGAAUUUGUUGGUCUAACAGAACAAGAAUUUACAUUGGGGAAACAUCCUGUAUUGCCUCUGAAUUUCUCCCUUUAUGGCAUUUGUCCAGGAGAGACAAGACGACUAGGAAUACGAAUUAAGUAA